GCGCAGGUCAUUUAUCCCGACCGAUCCUGCGCUGCACUUUGUUCCAGAUUUGACAUUGCACUUUUCGAAACCCGCGAUGCUCAACUUUCGCGGCGACGUCUUAAGCCGGUCCCUCCCGCUGCCCUUCACGCUGCCAUCGAGCCAGCCUGCGCCACGCAGCCCCCGCGCCGUCUGGCCACUUCGCAAAUGUGCCCGUGCGCUCUACCUCAUCGUUGCGAUCCUCGGCGUACUCCUUCUCGCUACGCGAGAAGCCCGCGAGCCGGCACCAUCGAAAGGCGUCCAGCGGCAAUAUCUCCAAGGACGCAAGAUCUUGAUCGCAGCCAACUACUUCAACAACAUGGACUUGCUCGACGCUCACUGCGACGAGAUGGCACUGCUGCUUGACGCGCUCGUUCUUGCGGGCGCCACGCCGUACGUGUCCGUGUACGAGAACGGCUCCAAGGACGAGACCCCGGCGUUUCUUCGCGAGUGGCAGCGGCGGCUGGACGAGCGGGGCAUCGCCAACACGAUCAACAUCGACGACGCGCCGUCCUGGAGCACGGUCUUUGAGGAGAGGAAGAAGAAUGGCACUGUCAAGGGCGAGGACGAAAUGGCGAUUCGCAUCGGGGCCAUGGCCGACAUCCGCAACAAGGCGCUCGCACCGCUCGAUGCGUCAUUCGACGACGUCCUCUUCUUCAACGACGUCAUCUUCCUCGCCGACGACAUUCUGCGUCUCCUGCUCACCGGUCGCAUGGAGUACGACGUCGUGUGCAGCAUGGACUUUAACCGCAUCACGUUCUACGAUACGUGGGUCGCGCGCGACGUCAACGCCGAGCGCAUGGCGUCGCUCUACCCGUUCUCGGCCGACAUUGUGACACAGGGACUCAUUGCGCACGGCCGGCCGUUCCCAGUCUCGAGCUGCUGGAACGGCGUCGUGGCCAUGAAGGCCGCGCCGUUUCUUAAGCAUAAGAUCCAGUUUCGCACGUGGCAGGCACAAGAGCCGCGGCUCCUCGGGCGACCAAGCGCGCUCCAGGGUGUUGUCUACAACGACUCGUGUCCCGCGUCCGAGUGCCUCCUGGUCUUCGAAGACCUCAGCCGGUUUGGCUACAACCGGUUUUACAUGCACCCGACCGUGCACGUGACGUAUUCGAGCGUUGACUGGGUGCUGCAUCGGACGCUUGGCGGUGCGCUCAACCUCAUCGCGUCUUGGACGCUCACGUUGCAGCCGCACGGCCGCGUGCCACCGGGGCACCGCAUCCCGCAGUGCGGCUUGGCUCGCGAGGUCACGCUGCAGUCGUGGGUCAUUCCCGCCACUCUGUGCCUCAAGGUCAUUGUUGCGUGGCGUGUCCUGCGCUGGGUGCGCCCCGGCAAGCUCGCGGUCGAGUGAGCGUAUGUCAAUGUAAGCUCAGUGUACUCAGUGUAUUUAGCCAACCUAUAAAACUUCUCCAACAUAGACUCAUUUUGUGGACUCG